AAGAGCCCAGCAGCAGCAGCAGCAGCAGUUCUCCGUACAGCCCGGGUUCUUUCAGUUCCUGUUUCCGCCGGAGUCUCUCCACAUAGUCUCGUCUCCAAGCAUCUCCGUUACCCGAGAUCCCUACUCUGCAGGGACCCCGUUUCCUCCGUGGUCCAUCGAGGAGGAGGUAGAGCUCUGGUGCCCCAGCUCUGUAACUGAAGCACAGUAAGGCUCGGAUGUGUGCUUCCUGAUUUGGAGGCAAUAGGAAGGUUAAACGUAUGUGGAAACUUCAAGAGGCAGUAGCAGAACCCUUGCACUGAAGUCCGCUAGCUUCUUAAGUGGUGGGGGAAACACCAGAACACCAGCCUUUACUCAGGCACCCUGGCGGCCUGCUGACAUGCUGUAACUGCCAGCCGACUGUGAGUGCCCCACCUCCUCCACAUGCGGCCGUGGACGGGCUCCUGGCGCUGGAUCACGCUGGUGCUGCUGGCAUGGGGCACCCUGCUCUUCUACAUCGGUGGGCACCUGGUGCGCGACAGCGAGCAUCCGGAGCGCUCCAGCCGCGAGCUCUCCAAGAUCCUGGCAAAGCUGGAGCGGCUCAAGCAGCAGAACGAGGACCUCAGGCGCAUGGCUGAGACACUCAG